CUUGAAGUCUACACAACACUAUCCAAAUGCUUGGUCUUCACUCUCACUCAUGCAUCUCAACGUCUCUCCUUCCUAGGGUUCCUGCCGUAACGCCUCUAUUAAGAUAACGAUCAUUCGACUGACAUUCUCCUUUGUACGGAGUUGAUUGUGCCAACGAGAAAUUGGAGAGGAUUGUAGAUCGAAGAGCAUCGAAAGAUGUAUUCGAUGCCUUCAUAUGAUUAUCAUUCACGUCUUCACUCUGCCUCCUUCUAUGGAGGCGGCUCUUCUCAUCGCUUGAAACAUCUUGAAAAAAGCGAUCGGCGUGGUAAUCUUAGUAGUUAACGGUAGCCUAAACUUUUCUUUUCUUCCCUGAAUUUAGACGGUUUUGCACUUUGUGGACACUGUUUUGCAAUUUCCGAUUGGGUUGUGUUAUUUUAUAUAGUAAUACUGAUAAAUUACGGUGAUUUGUCUUAUUUCGAUUGUAAAUUGAGUGUUCGGAAUUUCACGGCCUCCUCUUUCCUGUUCAUUCGACCUUGCUUUUAAAGGGUUCUAUUCGGACUCCUGGAGAAUUUCUCUCGAGCAUUGUGGGAUCAAAAUCAGACUUCUUCUGCAGUUUUCACUCUAAUAGAUGGAAGUUUCCAUUCCUUCUGAUACGUCAGCUCCUCAAAAUUUAAGCAGCCUUAGUGAAUUGCCAACGGAUCUGCCUGAUUCAGCUCAUAACCACGCAGAGGACCUUUCUAUUAAUGAUCUUCAGAAUUGUUUGAUUGAGACUUUAACAACUGAAGAUGUUGAAAUAUCAACCUGUGGCUUCACUCCAUCGCUUGAGAAGAAUGAUAUCAGCAAUGCUGUGAGGAAACAUGAAAAUGAGGACUCCAAUGCGAGCGACUUGAGCAAUUUAUCUUCUGAGAAAUGUAUUAGCAAAUGUGCCACAUUUCCACCUUUUGGUGAGCAUAAAUCCUCUGCCAAAGAAUUAUGUAACAGGAAAGGGAAGCAGGGAAAUGAUAUAACUGCUAAAUCUGUUGAUCAAUCCUAUUCUCGAGCCAUAUCAUUGCCUACUCCUUCGAAGCUUGUAUCUGCCAUAAAAGGUAGCCGUGAAAAGCUGGGAAUGCCACCUCAGAAGCAAUCAGUGACGUGGGCUCCGGAUGUGUAUGAUCCAGCUCCAACGGCGGUGUCGCAUGUAUUAUCGAACAAGAGUCAGAGCCAUCAAAGCGAUAGCAAGAAGUCUGGGAAGAACAAGCAGAAAGGUGGUGGCAAAUCUUCACGAGGCAGCAAAGGCAAAGGCAAGAAACAAAAUCUGAAGAAGUCAGCGGCUCAGAUCCAUUACACAGAAGUAGUUUUCUGAAAAAAUCUGUCACAAAGUUGCACUUUCCCAUCGCAGAGGCUAUUUGAGAGCUUGUCAACGUGUCUAAACUGGUAAACUUUUAUCCCACUGAUGAUGUGAAUAAAUAAUGAUGCGUUUUUGUUGAUCAGUGAAACUAGUGCUAGAAACCUGGGAAGACAUUAUUAAGAUUGUGUACCUUCGAUGGAAAUUCGACUGCAAGCUUUUGGUGACGUGCUUCCACGUUUAUAGUGUGGUGUGAAAAUAAGAUUACCCCCAUUUUCACUCA